AUGGCCGAGUUGAAGACGCUCGUGCAUCUCCGUGGCCAAGCGAAGGCCAAAGUGACCCGGAUCCGAAAAACCAUUGAAGAGGUUUCGGAAGCCGGCAUCAUGCAGUUCACCCUGGCGCAGCUGAAAGUGUAUUCCCGGAAUUUGGAGGCUCACUUCCAAGAGUACCUCAAUUUCCAUCACCAAAUCACCGCAUUGUUGCCUCCGGAAAAGCUGGACGACAACGAUGCAAUGUACCUCCAGUUCGAAGAGCAGCACACCGAAACUGCCAUGAUGGUGGAAACCCUGAUCCUGUCCGCGACCCCGCCGCCUCCGGCUCCAUCUGUAGUGCCCGCGUCCGGUGCGCAUCCGGCGCAGAUUAUAGUGCAGCAGCAACCGCUUCCGGUUCCGAUACCGUCGUUUGAUGGCAAGCCGGAGAAUUGGCCUCGAUUCCGGCAAGUGUUUUCCGACAUUAUGGCCAGAUCCAGGGAUUCGGAUGCGGUCAAGCUGCAUCACCUCGAAAGGGCACUAGCAGGUGGUUCCGCCGCGAAGAUCAUCGACCCGAAAACGCUCAAUGACGGAAAUUUCACACACGCCUGGGAGCUGCUGCUUGACGUCUACGAGGAUGAGCGGAAGGCGGUAGACUCUCACAUCCAUGGCUUGCUGGGUCUACAGCGGAUGAACAAAGAAUGCUCCAAGCAAAUGAGAGAUCUCGUGAACGAGGUAACCCGCCACGUCGAAGGAUUAAAGCUACUGAACCAGAACCUGGACGGUGUUUCCGAGCGAUUUGUCGUCGUCGUCCUUUCCGAUGCUUUCGACCCCGAGACGAGGAAGCAGUGGGAGGGCACCAUUCCCCACAAAGAGAUCCCGACCUACGAAGACACCGUGAUAUUUCUGAAGGAGCGGUGCUCGUUGUUGGAGCGCUGCGAAGCCAGCCACCCGAAGUCGUCGUCCGUCAAGGAGUCCACCCUGAAGUCCGCCUCGAAGCCCCCACCGGCGAAGUCGUUCGCUAUGGCUACACCCGUAGCUAAUAGCGAGGCGACAUGCGAGAUCUGCAGUGCGAGUCAUCCCAACUACAAGUGCGACAGGAGGGGACACCCUGCCUUGAAAUGCCCUUCCACUAAAUCUUGCCAGGAGUGUCAAGGAAGACACAAUACCUUGCUUCAUGAGCCAAAGCCUCCAAAAACCGAAGAAAUGCCCGUAGUUACUAGUCCGAAGCCCAAACAAGAGUCCGCCCCAGUUGUUGAAAGUGUUGAAGUUCCUCCUCCAGUUGAAAGUGUCUCCUCGUUGUCCAGUUCCAUCCACAAGGUUCCUCGCUCUGAUGGUACAUUGUUGCUUACGGCCAUGGUUGAUGUCCUAGACAGCCAUGGAAAUUCCCACCCAUGCCGUGCCUUUCUCGACUGUGGUUCCCAACCACAUUUGAUUUCCCGUUCAUUUGUUGAGUGUUUGGGAAUUGAACAGGUGCCUACCCACGUUGAAGUAUUCGGAGCCACCGGUAAAAGAUCGGUUCUUGACAGGAAGGUCAACAUUUCGUUCCGUUCUCGUUCCAUGAAUUACCAAACCCAAAUUGAAUGUUUGGUCACUGAUGUAGUGACAGGUCCUCUGCCUGGUCGGCAAUUGGAUCCACGGUCGUGGAACAUCCCCUCUGGUUUGUCUCUCGCUGACCCGUCAUUCCACACCCCAGGUGAAGUCCAUCUUUUGAUUGGUGUCAAGCUGUUCUUCCAUUUGAUGUUGCCUGGACAGUUGAUGCUUGGUGAUCGCUUGCCAGUCCUGAAAGAGACACGAUUGGGUUGGGUGGUUGCUGGUGGUGCUGAGGACGUAGAUGCAAACCAGCAUUGCUACACUGCCAGUCUGCGGCCGCUCACAGAGUGUAUGGAAAAGUUCUGGUCUGUUGAGUCGAUUGAGCCUAGUAGUACCGUGUCCCAGGAGGAGCAACAAUGCGAGGAGCUCUUUAAUUCCACUACCGUUCGAAAUGCUGAUGGUACCUAUACUGUCAAUCUUCCGUUGAAGGAAUCUGUAAGCGAACUGGGACACAAUCGAUCAUUGGCCCUGAAGCGGUUUCACAUUCUUGAACAUCGCUUCGCUAAGAAUGCUGAUCUGAAAGCAGCAUAUGUUGAUUUCAUCCAGGAGUACAAGUCGUUGUCUCACUGUAAGAUUAUUUCCGAAUCAGAUGACCCUCCAGAAAAGCUAGUCCACUAUUUGCCCCACCACGCGGUCUUGAGGCCAAGCAGUUCCACAACCCGUUUGAGAGUUGUCUUCGAUGCUUCGGCACGAACAACUGGCCCGUCCCUCAAUGAAGUUUUGAUGACUGGUCCCACCGUGCAAGAUGACCUUUUUUCAAUUAUCCUCCGAUUUCGUAAACAUCGUUACGCCGUAACAGCUGACAUUUCCAAAAUGUACAGGAGAAUCCGUGUUGAUGAGAACCAUUCCAGUUUACAGCGAAUUUUUUGGAGGGAUAGCCCUGACGCUCCGCUUCAGAUCCUUGAGCUGACCACCGUCACCUACGGGACGGCCAGUGCUCCUUUUUUGGCCACGCGAACAUUAUUGCAAUUGGCCCGUGAUGAAUCCCACCGCUUUCCGACUGCGUCCAAGGUAGUAGAAGAAGACGUCUAUGUAGAUGACGUGGUAUCCGGAGCCGAUACCAUUGAGCAGGCUGAACAACUUCGUUCGGAUUUGACGGAAAUGUUGAAUUCAGGAGGAUUCCCAGUGCACAAGUGGUGUGCAAGUGACCCAACCAUUCUCGACAGCGUUCCCGAAGAAGAUCGAGAAAGGUUUUUGGAGUUCGAGAAUUCGGAUGUGAACAAGGUUAUCAAAACCUUGGGCCUGCUGUGGGAUCCUGAUGAAGACAUUUUCCGUUUUCAUUGCCAGUUGAAAUUCCAAACUUUGUCCGUGCCUACCAAACGCAUUGUCCUCUCUGAAAUCGCGCGGUUGUUUGAUCCUUUGGGACUGGUUGCCCCGGUGAUAGUUUUGGCAAAGGAAAUCAUGCAACAUUUGUGGAAGGAUGGAGUAGGAUGGGACGAUCCCUUGGAAGAAACCGGAUUUUUCUUUCAUCCACUGAGGAGAUCACCUGGAUCCGAAUUCCGCUGCCAAGGCUGCCAUCCGCUGCUGCUGACCCCACUGCUACGAGAAUACAGUCCACCUACCCUUGCUCAACGGAGCACCUUCCGGCGAGGCAACAAGCGUUUGUCCCCUCGUUCCGAUUCACAGCUGGACCCCACCCGCGGUAAUCUACUGUGA